AAGCGGUUGGCGUCCAGCGUCCUGCGCUGCGGCAAGAAGAAGGUCUGGCUGGACCCCAACGAAACCAACGAGAUCGCCAACGCCAACUCGCGUCAGCAGAUCAGGAAACUGAUCAAGGAUGGUCUGAUCAUCCGCAAGCCUGUGACUGUUCACUCCCGGGCCCGAUGCAGAAAGAACACCUUGGCCCGCCGGAAGGGCAGGCACAUGGGCAUCGGUAAGAGGAAGGGUACAGCCAAUGCUCGUAUGCCCGAGAAGGUGACCUGGAUGAGGAGGAUGCGCAUUCUGCGGCGCCUGCUCCGCAGAUACAGGGAGUCCAAGAAGAUCGACCGCCAUAUGUACCACAGCCUGUACCUGAAGGUCAAGGGUAACGUGUUCAAGAACAAGCGGAUCCUGAUGGAGCACAUCCACAAGCUGAAGGCAGAUAAAGCUCGCAAGAAGCUCCUGGCCGACCAGGCCGAAGCUCGCAGGUCCAAGACCAAGGAGGCCCGGAAGCGCCGCGAGGAACGCCUGCAAGCCAAGAAGGAGGAGAUCAUCAAGACCCUCUCCAAGGAGGAGGAGACCAAGAAGUAAAUGGUGGCUGCCUUGUGUACAUACUGCUUUCCAUCCACGAGUGCUCAAUAAAACGCCACAUCCAG